CAAACAAUUCUCAAUUCUCGACCUCUCCUACAAAGUCUCCUAAAAAUCUUCUUUCUUUCUCCUUUCACCACACACAAAAAAAAAACCAAUAUGUCUUCGAACAAGAUUGAGUUGACUAGCUCCGAUGGUGAAACUUUCGUGAUUGACGAAGCGGUGGCUCGUAAAUUCCAGAUCGUUGCGCACAUGAUCGACGAUGACUGCGCACAUAGAGCAAUCCCGCUUGCAAACGUCACUGGUCCGGUCCUAGCGAUGGCCAUCGAGUUCUGCAAGAAACAUGUCGACGAUGGUAAAGAUUCAACCGAAGCAACCAAGGACAAAGAAGAAGAACAAGAAGCCAAGGAGAAGGAGCUCAAGGCUUGGGACGAUGAGUUCAUUAAAGAUAAGGAUAUCGACACAAUCUUUAAACUCAUUCUCGCUGCAAACUAUCUCAACGUCAAAGACCUUCUCGAGCUCACUUGCCAGACCACUGCUGAUUACAUCAAGGACAAGUCACCAGAGGAGAUCCGAGAGAUCUUUGGCAUCGAGAACGAUUUCACAGCCGAAGAAGAAGCAAAGGUUCGCAAGGACAACGCGUGGGCUUUUGAAGCUGAUCCAAAACCCUAAUUUCGAUGUGUUCUAUAAAUCUCUGUUGAUGUGUCUUUUGUUUCUCUCUCUUUAAUCUUUUUCUUAAGUGUGUGGGAUUGAGUUUGUUUCUUUAAGUUUCGACUGGUUUUAAUGAACUUCAAUGGUGUUGUGUUAUGCUCGAUCUUCUCUUGGUGUUUUUGC